AUGGCCGGCGAGGAGGACGCGCCGUCGGGGAUCUGCCUGCAUCAAGACCUCGACCCCGCGCGCGUACAGGCCAAACUGAAGCCUCUGCUCUCAAGGGCCAGACUAAUCAUUACCAGGAAAGUAGAAUGGGCAAGUAUCAUGUUUGCAUAUGCGCAGGAGUCCAGAUACAUCAUAAAGGAUCCACGCACUCCUCGGAGAAAAACUGUGAGUCCUGUGGGUUUAAUUCGAGAGAAAAGUAAUGUCAUCCUUAGGCAGCUACUUAGGACAAGGCGACCAUUCAUUGCAGAGUUUACUGAUGCCAAGGGUAAUGAGAUAUUCACGGUUCGCCGGCCUUUUAGGUGGAUCAACAGCUCCAUUUAUGCAGAAGUGGAUGGCAAGGAGGUAGGUGUAGUCCACAGUCGUUGGCAUCUUUGGCGUAGAAAUUAUGACUUGUACUUAGGGAAUAGGCAGUUUGCUGUGGUGGAGAAUCCUGGAUUUUGGAGCUGGUCCUUUACCCUGCUUGAUGAGGAUGAUAAUUUAGUAGCCAUAAUUGAUCGCAAGAUUAGGGGAGUUGGUUUGGAGCUCUUCACGGGUGCUGCCCAGUAUGAAGUUUGGUUUGGUGAUGCUGGAAAAGGCACAGAUAAAGGUUUUUGUCUCGCUAAAGAUAUGGACAAUGACCUUCGCGUCUUUCUGCCGCUGGAUUUACCCGAGAGGGCUGUGGCUCUUGCUCUUGCAGUGUCUCUGGACCAUGACUGCUUCUCCAGGAGAUUGGGCUGGUGUUCACCUCCUGUUGCUAUAGAGUUAACUCAUGUGCUUGUUUCUUUCAGGGUUCUUCGUCUUUUAGGAGCAUGA